CCUUGUAUACAUAGCAGGCAAACACCUUGGUCAUGGUAGCAUCAGCGCUUGAGUCAUCAAUGGUUGGUCUUUGUAUACAGCCAAGCUGACCGCGUGCAGCACAGUCCAUCACAAUAGCUUUGCCGUCUGCAACUCUGGGCCAAGCCGAAGCGAGCCGCAGACAGUCGCGAGUGCGUCUCAUUCAGCUCGAUUCGACCGAAGUCAACCCUCGCUCGAUCAUCUUACCAUCAAGUUUGCAGUCCCCACGCAUCUAGUAUCUGCAAGCUGCAGCAGCCAGCACUGAAGGACACGUAAUAAAGCGCGUCUGGAGCGAGAGGAUCAAAGAUGGGGACAGGCUCAUGGGACUAUAUCAGCAAGUUCAUUCUCAUAGGCGACUCCGCCGUCGGCAAGUCGUCCAUCCUUGUGCGACUGACUGAUGAUCGGUUCUUAGCCGACUCUGACCCCACGAUCGGCGUCGAGUUCGGCUCGCAUGUGAUCGCGCUUGACAAUGGAGAGCGGAUCAAAGUACAAGUGUGGGACACCGCCGGCAGCGAGAGUUUCCGUUCGAUAACGCGAUCCUAUUACCGCGGCGCAGCUGGUGCGCUGCUCGUCUUUUCCCUCACGCACCGCGCGUCGUUCGAGCAUGCCAAGGAGUGGCUGGAGGAUGUGCGGGAGCACGCAGAGGAAAGCGUCAGCGUCGUGCUCGUGGGCAACAUGCGCGAUGUCGCCGAUGCCGACGCUGAUGCCGACGCUGAUGCUGAUGCCGUCUCCGGGAAUAGCAAGGAGGGCGAGAAUGCGGGCGAACAGAAGGCCCUGGCAGAGCAAACGGGCGAAAUGCCAAAUGCGGCAGUGGCCGGGGUGACAGCCGAAGGAGAGAGCAGCGGUGGAAAGCCGCGGUCAGCACGGACAGGUAAUGGCCCAUCAGUAGGAGCGGUCGCCGCUGCUAAGAGCAAGCGGAAAAUCGGACCGGCGCGGCAAGUGAGCGUAGAAGAAGCAAAGGCGUUUGCAAGGAAGGAAGGCCUGAUGUACGUCGAGACGAGUGCCAAAACAGGAGAGAACAUCGAAGAAGCAUUCACAAAAGCGGCGCGCGACAUACACACUAAGUUCCUCGCGCGCCUUGCCGCGCAAAAAUUGCCCGGCGGCGGCGGCGGAGGCAGCACCAGCACUUCCUCUGCAGCAGCGGUGGGCGAGGCUGGCCUGCGCCUCGGACGUAGCAGUGCCGGCGGCGGCGUGAGCCUCGAGACGCCCGUGCGGAGUGCGGACGGGAGAGGGAAGGAUGGGAAGGGCUGUUGCGUCGUCAUGUGACGCAGAGUAAUAGCCGGCCGGCCGUCCGUGCCUGUGCCUAUGCAUAAAUUCCUGGUGGUCAAAGACUUCGAGUCACCUCUGCAUGCGCCGCCGCCGCGGUUUUGUGUACCUGCUUGUUGUACUUGUAGUCUGAAUCUGAAUCAUUGCCAUUCAC